AUGCCGCUUGAUCUGGGGUUCCAAGCAGUACGGGUACCCGCCGCCCGUCAGGGACAGCGCGAGCUCCGCACGCCGUACAACAAGGAGAUUAUCGUCCGCUACAAGAACCCGACGUCGGAAAUAUGUGCAACGCAGAACCCGGACCAGAAGCAGUUCACGGGGCAUAUCCAUAUGCCGCCGGGAACGCUUGCGCCGGACGUGGUGCAGAAUUAUCCGAUCAAUUCGUUCUUUUGGUUUGUGGAGGCGAGGGAGAAUCCCGAGAGUGCGCCGUUGACGAUAUGGUUGAAUGGAGGGCCGGGGAGCUCGAGUAUGGUAGGGAUGUUUACGGAGUCGGGGCCGUGUACGGUGGUGGAGGCGGGGAGAGAGUCGAUUCAUACAGUGCCGAGGGAGUGGGGAUGGGAUCGUGCGAGUAAUAUGUUGUUUUUGGAUCAGCCAAACAAAGUUGGUUACUCCUACGACGUGCCUACAAACGGCACACUUCCGCUCGCCGACACGAGCAGUACUUACAUAACGGGCACAGUCGCGCCCCCCGAGUUCCAAACCUACCAGGACCUCGGCUACACCGACGAGGAGUUCGUCUCUCACUAUGACGAGCUCUACGACAGGAUUGCCCUCAUCAAUGGCACUUUCCCCACCAGCGGCGCCAACUCGACCGCUAAUACUACUGCCAUCGCCGCGCGCACUGCCUGGCAUUUCCUUCAAGCUUGGCUCACCAACUUUCCGCAGUACAAUCCCAACAGCACGGGUAUCAACCUGUUUGCCGAGAGCUAUGGCGGCAAGUAUGGGCCGGCGUUUUUUGAGUUCUUUGAGCAGCAGAAUGAGGCCCGUGAUAAAGGGGAUUUGGAUAAGGAGAGUACGAUUGAGCUGCAUCUGGAGACGCUUGGGAUCAUCAAUGGCUGCAUUGAUGCAAAGCUGCAGACGACGAGUUAUCCGAUAUAUGCGAACGAGAAUCCGUAUGGGAUUGAGCUUCUCAACGCGAGUGAUAUGGAUCAGCUCUUGGAAAUGUAUUACGCUGAGGGUGGGUGCGAUAGUUUGAUUGAUGCGUGUAGGGAGAGCGUGAGGAGGUUUGAUCCGCUGAAUAAUGGAAACCAUAAGGCGACGAAUGAUAUUUGUCAAAUGGCCGACAAUGAGUGUAAUAUUAUUAGAUAUUACAGUUGGUAUAAUAGCUCGAAGAGUUAUUAUGAUCUCGCCAAUAACUUGGACGACCCCUUCCCAGGGUACUUUUAUCUCGAGUACCUUAACAACGCCACCGUGCAGGAGGCCAUUGGUGUCCCAAUAAACUACACCCAAAGCAACACGGGCGUUUACACAGCAUUUGACCAGACCGGCGACUUUGUCCGCGGCGGCCAAACCGAAGCAAUCUCCUACCUCCUGGAGCGCAACGUCCGCGUCGCCCUUCUCUACGGCGACCGCGACUUCAUCUGUAACUACAUGGGCGGCGAGACAGUCUCCAUGAACAUCUCAUACUCCGACAGCGAUGCCUUCCGCGCCGCCGGCUACCAGGACGUCCGCAUCAACUCCUCGUACGUCGGUGGACAGGUGCGCCAGCACGGUAACUUCUCGUUCACACGCAUCUACCAGGCCGGCCAUCUUGUCCCGUCGUACCAGCCCGAGACGGCAUUCGUGCUCUUUGAGCGCGCGAUCUUGGGCCAGUCGCUCGCGACGGGAGAGACCAUUAACACAGAGGGAAACAACAUCUACUCGACCAGUGGCGACAGCGUUGCAGAUGACAAGCUGCAGGUUCCAGACCCAUUCAAGCCCCAGUGCUUUGUGAGGAGUAUCGAGACGUGCACGGUCGACCAGAUACAGAUGAUUGCGGCGGCGCGGGGUGUGAUUAUUAACGGUGUGCUGUAUAAUAGCACUGAUGAGUGGACGCCGCCGGCGACAUCCUCGAAUGGUGGCGGCUCGGGGUCGGGGAAUUCGAGCGGUGGUGGGGCCGGUAGCGGGGAGCCGGAUGCGGGUGUGGUGGUGAGGGCGUCGAUGGGGGUUGUGGUUGGUGCGCUGGUGUUGGCGGUGUUGGGCGGGCUGUAG